AUGCCUUGCGAUGGAUGCGAUGAGAAGACGCACAAGCUGCCAAGCAGUGCGCCUACCUCUCAGCCAAUUCGCACACUUACUACAUACCUUCCCUUCGAACCUCAGUUCUCUGCAUUCCCCUCGUCACUCGAGUGGAAACAGCAGUCGGGUAAACUAAAAUUACUUUUCGAUGAAGUGCAAUUGUUGUGCUCACAACUGCGCGUUGGUGAGGCCAAUCGAGUCGCCAUAGCACCAAUGAAUGCAUGCAUGUUAGUAGGGAAGGACCGAAACUGCAUCGAGGUCGACGUCUAUGGUGCCUACUCUUCAGUGCCACCACUCGGUGUCGAUGAAAAUGCAGGUGGACCAGACGCCUGCUCCGCGUCUCCUCAAUGUCCCUCACCCCUGGGUAAGGGAGGCAGCGCUAAAGCCAUCAAUGCCUCCACACCCACUAAAUGCGGCCGCUUGCAAGCGAACCUGAAGCGAGACAAUGAGGGAAGGAAGGUAAUCAUGCCUGGCACGUGCGAAGCACUGCUGCUUAGUUUCCAAUUCCUCCCCACUGCCGAUGCCGACGACGACGAACCCGGUAUUAAGUCCUCUCCAUUCCUUACCACCGUGCAAACCCAUGCGCCUACUUUCCGCUUCCCAUCCACCCUUCGCUUCCCUGUGCGUCUACCACCAUCACAGCGUCGAGGAUGCGCAACGUCGCCUCGCAGCUGA